UUGGAGAGAGAGAAAAACAGAAAAACAGACAAAGAAGUUGUAACUCGCCAUAAAUGUGAAGCUACCUUUUCCUUCCUUGGGAGUUGAAUUGAGACAGAAGGCUGAGGAGGAUAAGUAGAAAAGCUCUUACUCCUUCUCUCACGCUCUCUCUCUCUCUCUCUCUCUGUACUUUAGGAAUGGAAACUGAUCACCAUAUUUUGGUGUUGGAGGAGGAAGAGGAAGUGGAGGAGGAGGCUGCUUUGCAAGGCAGGCAAUCAGGACGGCGCAGCAACAUUGCCUCCUCCACUGUCAUUUCUAGCAAUGGAAAUGGCAAUAGCUACGUGGUUCCUUCUCCGAGUAGCAAUAGUGAUGGAAUUACGACUGCAAAUGGAAUUGGAUAUGAAUCUCCUAGUAAAGACAUUGAGGACGAUAAUAAAUUGCAUAUUAGUAGCGUUUACUUCGACCAAAGUGAUGGAAUAUGGAAAUGUUGCCACUGCAAUUGGACCUACUGCAUGGGAAGUCCGUUGAUUGAUCUUAAUCAGAAUCUUAAAGGGUAUUUGCACAUGCCAAUCUUAGAUCAGCAGCGACCAAGUUUCAAUUUUGAAACUAAAGGUACUGAAUCUGUUGAUGGGGUUUCUCAAAUGAAGAAUGGUAAUUUUCUAAGUUCUGCUUUUAUUAUGAAUUCCAAAGAUGUUGACGUCCAUGCAAAUGUGGAGAUUCAGAAAAGCCUCGUUGAGGAAAUGAACAAUCAAUACAGUGAAAAUUUAGAUGAUAAAGGAUUAUCUGAUUCAGGUUUAAAACCUUUAGAGGAGCCACAUGAUGAACAAAAAAUAAAAUUGAACUCUUUUAACAAUGGAACUGGACUAGUAGAUGACUUAAUAGAAGAAACUGACCAGGAAGUGACAGAAUUUGAUGUUGAGAGAGUGUUAGAGAAGCAAAAUACUCAUGAUUUGUACUGCCCAAACUGUAAUUCUUGUAUUACUAGACGAGUUAUCCUCCGUAGAAGAAAACAAAAAAUUCGAAGUUUACGUCGUAAACCAAAGCACAAUAAAGUGGACACAGUUUUGUGCUCUGAUUUGGAUGCCAAUUCUACCAAUUCAGUCAAUGUGCAAGUUCAUGACUCAGUUAACCUUCAUCCAAGAGGUAGUCCUGAGGGUACAGCCAAUGAUUACAAUGGAGACAGGGAACCAGAGAUAUUCAGAUGCUUAUCAUGCUUCAGCUUUUUCAUACCUACAGGAGGUGGUUUUAAAUUGUUUCGUCUUUUUGGAGGUAGCCCUGAAGAUAAAAAUGUGCAAAGUCUUCAAAGCCAUGAAAAUGAAAAUGUUCAAAGUCUUCAAAUGAAACAUGCAACAGAGAGAAAUUGGUUCUUUUCCAUGUUUGCAGGAUAUAAAAAUAACAUGAUUACUGAACCAGCCUCAGUAAAUGAUUUGGGGAGUGCACACCAAGAUGCUAGAAAGAAGGUUGCAAGUUCUUCAACAGGAGAUAAUACAUAUUUUGAAAAUGCGUCAACCAGCAUUGGAGAGAAACCAAAAAAUGCAACUGAACAAGCUAAUACAGACAUUGUAGAUCAACAUAAGAAAGGUCAUUUAGCAACUCGCAUUCCAGGGAUCAGUAUUAAUGCUGGAGAACCUGCUGAAGAUGCCUCGUUGGGACCUCUGCAGGGUGAAGUGAAUCCUAAAAUGGCUUCAUCGUACAAGUCUUUAAUACCUGAGCAUUCACAGCUAGAGAUAGACAGGAAAAUCAACAUAGCUAUGCCAGAAGAACGACCUGUUCAAAAUGAUCAAGCCUCAGUAGUACUAGGCGCUCCCUUGCCCUCACAAUUGCAUGGUAAAGGAGAAAUUCUAAAUGAUUCAGCAGUUGUACACCAUGAAUCUAGAAAAGAUGCUAUGUCUUCUUCAAUCCAAGAAACUUUAGUUCUUGAAAAACGGAAAAUUGGUGUUGGAGAGACAGUAUUUGGUUCUGCAGAAAAGAACACAGGGAGUGAUGUGAUAGUUAUUGUUGAAACAAAAGAACUGGAACCUGCAACAGCUUCUCUGGGGGCACAAAAUAUUGAUGAUCGAACUGAAGCCACAAGCUUGCUAGAAACUGGGACUCAGACAUAUGUCAGAGAGCAAAUUGGUACUGGACUUACUGUGGAUAUCUUGAAAAGCAUUGUUUAUGGUGGUUUAAUAGAAUCCAUCACAAGUCUAGGCAUUGUGUCGUCUGCAGCUGCUGCUGGUUCUGCUACAUUAAACAUUUUAGCUCUGGGAUUGGCGAAUGUGAUUGGAGGACUUUUCAUCAUUGGUCACAAUCUUCUGGAGCUAAAAAAUGAUACCUCUGGCGGGACUUCUGAUCAAAUGUACGAACCCAAGGACCGGUACCAUGAAACAUUAGGACGGCGAGAGAAUUUUUUACUUCAUGCAACAGUAGUUAUUAUAUCAUUCCUCAUUUUCGGGAUGUUGCCUCCUGUCAUAUAUGGAUUCUCAUUUCAUAAGAGUGAUAAUAAAGAUCUCAAGCUUGCAGUGGUUGGAGGUGCUUCGCUUAUAUGUAUUAUGUUACUUGCUAUUGGAAAGGCUCAUGUUCGGCGACGACCAAAAUCUUAUAUAAGCACUGUGCUCUAUCAUGUGGUGAUUGGAGUCAUGGCGUCUGGCGCUUGUUAUAUAGCAGGCGACCUAAUUGGUAAGUUGCUGGAGAAAACUGGUUGGUCUGGUUCGAGUUUAUCGGUUGCCAUGACUUUUCCUGAGACAAAACCAAUUGACCGAACAUGGGCAUCUUAUUAGAGAAGGUGAAGCAAGUUGAGUUGUUCAUUGUGCUUUUAAACAGUAUUGUCAUCGAGCCACUGGCAAUAUAACGUUUUUUUUUUUUUUUAUUUAUAAUGUUCUUUUCAAAUAAUGGGAAGAUUAAAUUUUGCUCCAUUCUGUUUGUCUUUUUC